AUGGACCAAAAUUUCGUCCAGGCUCUCCACACCCUGCUGGUUCAGUCCACUUCUCCCGACACGAUUCAGCUCAAAGCUGCGACCUCACAGCUCAACAAAGAAUUCUACAAGAACCCAACAUGCAUCCCGGCUCUCGCGACCAUCAUCGCGAGCUCGCCCGAGCAGUCGGUUCGCCAACUCGCGGCUGUCGAGCUGCGCAAGCGGAUAUCACAGAAUAGCGGCGAUAUGUGGUUGCAGGUCAAUGCUCCAGAGCGUGAACAGAUUAAGCAGAAGAUGCCGGAGCUCAUCCUCAAUGAGCCCAACAAGCUUGUGCGUCACUCAUCAGCACGCGUUGUUGCCGCUAUCGCGAGUAUCGAGAUCCCACUCGGCCAGUGGACUGAGCUCAUGCCCUUCCUCGAACAAACCUGCACCUCGACAAAUGUUGCGUAUCGCGAAGUCGGGUCAUAUAUCCUCUUCACUGUCCUUGAGAACAUCGUUGAAGGCUUUGAAUCGCACAUGCAGAGCCUCUUCCGUCUUUUCGAGCAGCUCAUUGCCGACCCAGAGAGCCUUGAGGUCAGAAUUACCGCCGUGCGGUCGCUAGGUGUUGUUGCUCAGUACAUCGAUGCAGACGAUAAAGAUGAUAUCAAAUCCUUCCAGCGUCUUCUUCCUUCCAUGAUUAAUGUUAUCGGCCAGUGCGUAGAGGCGAGCAACGAGCAAGGUGCUCGUCAGCUCUUUGAUGUACUUGAAACCCUCCUCAUCCUUGAGAUUCCCCUUCUUGGUCAACACAUACCUCAGCUUGCCCAGUUUCUGCUCACUUGUGGAGGCAACCGCAAUUACGACAGCGAGCUCCGUAUUCUCUCCCUCAACGCUCUCAACUGGACUGUUCAGUACAAGAAGUCCAAGGUCCAGAGCCACAACCUCGCCGGUGCCGUCCUCGAGGGUCUUCUUCCCAUCGCCUGCGAAGAUGAGCCCGAAGAUAUCGAUGAGGACGCGACCUCACGCUCGGCUCUGCGCAUCAUUGAUGGUCUUGCCACCAGCCUGCCGCCGAGCCAGGUCUUCCCCCCUCUCAGCCUCCUCAUCCGCAACUACUUCGCGUCUAGCGAUCCAGCAAGCCGCCGCGGUGCCAUGCUUGCGCUCGGGGUCGCUGUCGAGGGCUGCAGCGAGUAUAUGACGCCGCUGAUGAGCCAGGUCUGGCCACUGAUUGAGACCGGUCUCCGCGACUCCGAUGCCAGCGUCCGCAAGGCAUCGUGCGUUGCAGUGACCUGCUUGUGCGAGUGGCUCGAGGAGGACUGUGCUCAAAAGCACGCUAUUCUCGUUCCUACGAUCAUGGAGCUUGUCAACGAUCCUGCCACCCAGCGCACUGCCUGCGCGGCUCUCGAUGCCGUCCUGGAAAUCUUGGCCGAGUCCAUAGAUCAGUACCUUGCCCUCAUUAUGGAGCGUCUCGCAGGAUUGCUCGAGACCGCACCUAUCCCUGUCAAGUCUGUCAUUGUCGGUGCCAUUGGCAGCGCGGCACACGCGUCCAAGGAAAAGUUUCUGCCGUACUUUGCGCAGACCAUGAACCGCUUCCAGCACUUCCUCGUGCUCACGGGCGAAGGCGAGGAGCAGGAACUGCGUGGCAUCACCAUGGACGCGAUUGGCACCUUUGCCGAUGCCGUCGGCAAAGAAGAGUUCGGCCCCUAUUUUGCGAGCAUGAUGCAGCAAGCAUUCGCGGGCAUCGAGCUCGGCAGCGCGCGCCUCAAGGAGUGCUCGUUCCUCUUCUUCGGCGUCAUGGCGCGCGUGUUCGAGGAGGAGUUCGCGCCGUACCUUCCCCAGGUAGUCCCGGCGCUCUUUGCGUCCCUGAAGCAGGCCGAGCACGGAGACGAGGAGAUCGUCCCCUCGGACGCAGCGGCGAGCUUCGCGUCGGGCAGCACGGCGGCGACGGCGAUCUCGGUCGAAAACUUUGACGGCGAGGACAUAGACGUCGACAUCGACAGGCUGCUCGACGUGAACAGCACGAUCUGCAUCGAGAAGGAAAUUGCCGCGGACACGAUUGGUGCGCUCUUUGCGGCGACGGGCGCGCAGUACCUGGCGUUCGUCGAGGAGAGCACGAUCGAGCUCGCCGCUCAGCUGCAGCACUAUUAUGACGGCAUUCGCAAGGCGGCGACGGAGUCCUUGCUCGAGAUCAUCCGCUCGUUCUAUGAGAUUAGCAACCCGCCCGAGUGGCAGCCCGGGCAGGCUGUUCCUGUUCCGCUCGAUCAGCAAGUUAAGGACCUUAUCGAGCACGUCCUGCCGCCAAUGUUCGAGAUGUACGAGGCCGAGGAUAACAAGAAAGUUGUCGCGAGCCUGUGCAUGGGUCUGGCUGAGACCAUCAACAAGGUUGGCCCCGGCAUCCUCGAGGGUCGCCUCGAGCGCAUUGCCAAUAUCGCCGUCCAGGUCCUUGAUGGCAAAGCUAUGUGCCAGCAGGACCCUGAUCAAGACGAGGACGAGGAAGCGCCGGAAGACACCGCCGAGUACGACUCGAUCCUCGUCUCGGCCGCUGGAGACCUAGUCGCUGCACUGGCAAAUGUCCUUGGCGCCGACUUUGCGCAGGCGUUCGGGACCUUCUUCAGUCUCAUCUCAAAAUACUACAAAAAGACACGGUCGCUCAGCGACAGGUCAUCCGCCAUUGGUGCCUUGUCCGAGAUCAUCGCAGGCAUGAAAGAGGCGGUCACCCCACACACCGAGACGCUGCUCGAGCUCUUCUAUCGCGCGCUCUCAGAUCCUGACGCCGAGGUACAGACGAAUGCUGCGUUCGCGGCGGGCUUGCUCGUCGAGCACUCGCAGAUGGACCUCUCGCCGCAAUACCUCCACCUCCUGUCCGCCUUCCAGCCGUUGUUCAGCGUUCCUGCAGAUGCGCCGCCUGCGCAAGUGAACGCGCGCGACAACGCCGUCGGCGCAGUCUCGCGGAUGAUCUACAAGAGCGUGGCGGCGGUGCCACUCGACCGAGUGCUGCCGGUGCUCUUCGGGGCGGUGCCGCUCACGCAAGACCAGCUCGAGAACCGGCCGCUGUUCCGGACAAUCUUCGCGCUGUUCAAGACGCAGCCGCAGGUGCUGCAGCCGUACCUGGACAAGCUCCUCUCGCUGUUUGCGUGCGUCCUCGACCCGAACGCGCCGGACCAGAUUGGCGACGAGAUACGCGGGGAGCUCCUCGGUCUGCUCGCAACACUGUACCGCGAGGUGCCCGACAAGGUACGCGCGGCGGGCCUUGCGGUUUUCGUCGAGGCGUGAAGCGCCCUAUUAGAUGUCUCUUCUCGACCUCCGUUGUGCACUUUUGUCCCCCCGCCACCCAUCGCCACCCACCUUCUGGUCACUUUUGUCCUUCCCUGUUGGAUCAUCCGUGUUGUCGCUGCAUUAUUAGUCGUAUCUUCCUAGUAGGUUCACAACGCUUCGGUUUUUCUCAUGCGUAUAGAUGGUCUUGAUGGUUUGUCUUCCUCUGUUUUACAACAAUGUAAAUCUGCCCAGUUGUAUCAGUCGCCGCUUUCCCCGGAUAGACCGAGUUUGCCGGGAUUAUGCUAUACGUCUCACAUGAGUCCUAUUCAUGCGUGCUCCCGGCUGUGCAUGCGAAAUCUUCCAGGCAAGCCUUGCGGAGGAGAACUGACGAGUGCGGGAUGGAUGAC